GAUGGGACUGAACUACAACUCCCAUGAUGCUCGGGGCGGCGAUGCGCACGCUGGCGGCGCGGUGCAGGCUGGGAUGUGAGUUCCUCAGCUCCGGCCUCGGCCACCGGCGACCAUGGUGGGCACCUACUGCUGCGUCCCGGGCUGCUUCAACAACACGCUCAAGAACAAGGAGCUCUCCUUCCACGUCUUCCCCAAGGACGAGACGCUGCGGGGUGUCUGGAUCCGCAACCUGUCGCGCCUGGACGAGAGGAAAUUCAGCGUGUGGCAGCCCAAAGCCCAUCACAAAGUCUGCGACGCUCACUUCGCAGGAGGCAAGAAGACCUACAUGAACAAUGUGCCCAUAGUCUUCCCGGUGAAGGCCGAGAGAUCCCGCAGGAAGGAGCAGGCCAGCCAGCCCCCGCCCUCAGGUCAGCUGAUACAUGGUGGGAACCAUUUUCACUAUCCCCAGAACGUCUUGGCAUUUCACAAGAAGGCAAAGCAAAAGUAUGGCCAGAGACAACACAAGGAUCUUACAAAAAGAAUCAAAGUACCUUUUGCUGGCCCUACAGUUCAGAAGGAAGGAUCAGUUGUAGCAUCUUUAUCAUUGAAUCAUCAAGAGGGUGAAGAUGAAAAAGCACGUUUUGAGGCUGCACAGACUCUGCUGGAUAUCUUCAAAGUUAAUUCUGGCUAUGAAGGUGUUCAGAUGACCUCUGUGUGUGAGGCAUUGCAGCAAAUAAAUGAAAAGCUGAAUACAGAGAUUGCUGAUUUGAAAGAUGAACAUCGGUAUCUACAGGCAGAAUAUAACCAAAUUAGCGGGGAGUUGAAGAGAUUUAAAGAAGGCGAACCCAAAUGUUGCACUCAGAUCCCACUUUAUUCAACAUCUCCAUGGCUGCAGAUUAAAGCAUCUGGUGAAUGUAGUGAAGACCAGCCCAGUGUUUACUCAGACUGCUAUACUGACUGGAGUAUAAAGACUAGGAUCCUCAUUACCUCACCUACUCCUUUAUCCUGGGCAAAAGCAUGUAACAAAUUGUUACCAGAUGUGGGAUCCAUUAAUGGAACUACAAUAAAACCUGAUGAAGUUCACAUUAAACAGGAACCUGAUGAUAGCCCAACCAUAUCGUGUGCCUUUCAGCAGAGUAUGGGAUACUGGAUGUACCCAAGGCUCCCCUGGCUGCAGCUUUUUCCAAGAAUAGGAGUUAACAGUGUAUCAGUUGAUGAUGCCUUACAGUGGAAUCCAGAUUACAAGAUACAGAGUAUUCUAAUGAAAGACUGGUUGUCGACCUCGAGCUCACUCUUUGACCUUCUUCAGUCUGGUCAUUGCCCUUUCUUUUACAUCUGUACAUACCAAUUUACAGUGCUCUUCAGGACUGCUUGGGAAUCCAGGAGGGAAUCAAUUACUGCCUUGUUGUAUCCAGCAAGUGUGGAAGUUUUGGAAGCAAUGAGAUUGUCAGAAGUUGUCUUUUCAACGUAUUUGGUGGAACACUCUCAGGAAAGUGGUCACAUGAACGUUUCUUUACGAGAUGGGCAUGGAUUAGUGCAUCUUAAACCAGCUUUCAUAAAUAAUGAAGGAACUGUUGAUCAAACAGUGACUAAUACACAUUCUCUAUGGAUUGAAAAGACUUCUGUGACAGAAUCUCAGGAAGAUUUCCCUAUGUCAAAUUCGUCAGAAUGUUAUCUACAUCAACAACAUCAGGAUAAGCAGCUUAAGUUUCUGGUUGUAGUUGAAGGGUCCUCUGCAGCAUCCUUGAUCACCUUUCUGAUGAACUCGCCACAUAUAGUUGCACAAGAGGGUGUACAAAGAGGUCUGCCACCAACAUUGCUUUGCCCUGUAGCCUUCCCUGGAGCAUCUUUACAAUUGCUACAGGUUGCCAAUACAUGUGGAAAAGUCCAGGGUUGCCUUGGUUCCAUAGACUCUUACAGUUUGGAGAUCACAGGUCCCAUUCUUCCUCACUCCAUGGAUUGUAUUAAUCGUAUUCUCCAGUGUAAUGAAUAUGGUGGAACAGUGACUGUUGUUAACGUUCAUGAGUGUACCUCUGUCUUCAAUGUCCAUUUACCUAGUUAGUGUUUGGCUUUUGACUAAUUAUGGACACUGAUAUAUAAUUAACCAUGGCAUAAAGAAAACCCAUUGGAUAUGAACUGCUGCACCUCUAACAAAGAGCUUUACAUUUCUUCAGUAUAUCCUUUGAGGUUAAGUUAUUCUUGCGAAGCUAAGAAAAUCAUUGGAAGUGGACAAUAAACAAUGUACUCAAAAUAAGGGCAGUAUUGAUCUUAGAUUUGUCAUGAGUUUUAUUGUUUUACGAACAUUUCCUUUUACGGCAAAAAUUGUCCCACUGCUUUAAUUACCAAGUAUAUAUCCCAUUCACUAUUAUCUAAGUAUUUUAUGAAGAUUAAACAGGCUAUCAAUUGCCUUUCUCUACAUCUGGUAUAAUGUAGAUCAAAAUUGUGAAUAUGUAUAUGCUUUUAUAUAAUCUGGUUGGUGGCAUUAGAAUAUACUAUUAUAUUUAUAUGAUGUAUUAAUCUUUGACUAAUGGGAAUGUUUGGAUAUAGGAGAUCUCAUUACUUUGCAUUAAAUAUUUUGGGUAUAAAAAUGUUAUUUAUUCGGUGCACCUAAUUAAAUGAUAUUCAACUACAAAUAAUUCUCCAAUACUGUACAGGCCAUCCCUGGGUUACAAACACCUGAUUUAUAGACACCACUUGCAUAAGAACAAACUUUAAAUAUUAAAUUCAAAAGUGUGAUGUACAUAUUUGUUCCUACAAACAGCAGAACUAGUUUCCUCUCUCUUCACUUUUAGUAAUUGUUCUUGUGCUGUUAAUGCCAUUCAUUAUAAUACUGUGGAGGUAUAGUUGCCAUCAAGUAAUUUUUGUGUAUUUUCUGACAAAAUCAACUUAUGGAUGUCUGUAAAAAUGGAACCUGUUUUAUUACCCGGAGUGGCCUGUAAUGCACAAAUCAUUUUUGAUCUGUAAUGAUUGUCCAGAUCAAAUAACUAUUUGCUACUUGAUAAAGUUAAAUAACCUGCAAUGUAUAUCUUACUGCCAAUGAAUGUGCAAGGUGUGUUGUUUAACAGAACAGUUACUUCAGCCUGCAACAAUUUGUUGUUAGACAUAAUCACAAAGCCUUCAGAAGUGAUUAAAACUUAUACAUAGGUCAUUUUCACUGA